AUGAAAUCUAGCUGGAUUACUCAAGCUAGGAUUUUGUUCAUGGAUAACGUUCGAGAGCGUCAAUGGCCACCAACCGAAAAAAAAGCACCGGAAUCUUCGCCUGUCCAUAUAACGAUUGAAACAGAUCCCUCCAAGUCCUUCUACGUGGGCCCAUACGACCGUACAAGGAUCGAUCUCGUUGAGGAAUUCCAUCCCCUGCAAACUGCCUCAGUAGCUCAAGGUGCACAACUUCAAGAAUUAAGAAGAAGAGCUGCAGGAGUGAAAUCAGUCAACAAUCAACCGACUUUGGUGGAAGCAAGUCCAAUGGAUUUUGAAAUGAAUGAUCGCGAUGCAGUCUCAUCUGAGUCCUCUCCAAAACCUCAAAGAACGCGAAGCAUUGAAGAUUGCGGCCGUUCCGGUCUCGUGGUGGAAGAAGAAGAAUGGAAGAAGAACUGA